GAUGUCUUCUGCAGUUCAGAAACUCGCUGGCGCAGUUCCGAAGGCCAUCCAAGUUGGACGGGCCACGCUGACUCCCAAACUCAACACAUUUUGGAAAUAUGCAAAAGUAGAGUUGAAGCCUCCAACACCCGCUGAGUGGCCUCAAGUUGCUCAGGGAUUCCAGAAUCUUGCAAAAGCUGUAAGGACACAGAAAUGGAAACAGUUAACUGUUAAGGAAGCUUUCAUCAAUGCAGUGGUGGCAACAGAAGUCAUAUGCUGGUUCUUCGUUGGUGAAUGCAUUGGCAAGGGCACAUUAAUUGGUUACCAGAUCAAAGGAGCUGUUGACUUUGAUUUGCAUUUGUAACAAUUCUGUAACUUGAUGGUCCAUUUUGAUAUGAAUGUUUCGCAAAAUUAAAUGCAUAU